UCAGUUCUCGUACUUGCCGAAAGGGCUAAUCAAAAUAAGAAUAAUAAAUAGUACUUCCUAAAAGAGUCGGUGAAAAUCUACUCAUUAAACUGUUACAGUGAAUAUCUUCAGGUUUUUAAAAUUUAAGCAAAAUCGCAAAAUGAGUCUACAAAAAGCCAGAAUUAAAGCCUUCGAAGAUCUUCUGGGGCAAGAUGUCAUAAACAUGGGACAACUGCAGAAACUAGCAUUUAAUGGAGUGCCUGAAGAAAAAGGACUGCGUUCCCUGGUGUGGAAAAUUUUGCUUCAUUACUUACCCCAAGAAAAAGAUGCUUGGCAAAGCACUUUGUUGAAAAAACGUCAACUUUAUCAACAAUUUAUCGAUGAGAUCAUAGUGUCGCCAGGUGGACCAAGUGAUCAUCCACUAAACAUAAGUCCGGAUAGUUCGUGGAGUGUGUAUUUCAAAGACAAUGAAGUUCUUUUACAAAUUGACAAGGAUGUCAGAAGACUUUGCCCUGAUAUCAACUUCUUUCAAUCUGCUACUGAAUUCCCUUGUCUUGAAAUUGUGAACAGUAAUGGCGUAAAGCGUCUGCAUAAGAGAGUUGAACAAUCCGUUUUGAGUUAUUCAACUUUGGAAAGAAGGGGUCUUGGUGUCGCUACGCUGAGCAAUGAAAUCCGGCGAUCAAGCAGUGUUACGAGUGGUGACUACACACCCCUGAAUGAGGGCUGCGAAGCUCAUUGGGAAGUGGUAGAGCGUAUGCUAUUUCUGUACGCCAAGCUGAACCCUGGCCAGGGCUACGUCCAGGGCAUGAAUGAGAUCAUUGGACCUAUCUACCACACCUUCGCUUGUGAUACCAACAAGGAUUACCGGAAGUUCGCAGAAGCCGACUGCUUCUUUUGCUUCACGAACCUUAUGGCUGAGAUACGGGAUUUCUUCAUACGCACCUUGGACGAAACUGAGAGUGGCAUCAACUAUAUGAUGACGAAGCUAUGCGAGUGUCUGAAGAAAAACGACCGUGACAUAUCAGAGCGUCUUGAGAGGCAAGAGUUACGACCACAGUACUACAGUUUUAGGUGGCUAACAUUGCUGUUGUCUCAAGAAUUCUCGUUGCCAGAUGUUGAGAGAAUCUGGGACUCGCUAUUCGCAGAUUCACACCGAUUCAAUUUCCUGAUUUACAUUUGCUGUGCCAUGAUUCUAUUAGUACGAAACAACUUGCUGAGCGGCGACUUCGCGUCAAAUGUCAAGCUACUGCAAAACUUUCCACCGAUGGACGUAUCUUUAAUACUAAACAAAGCUGUAGACAUAUCAAAGACAUAGAUUGUUAAACAUGUUUUAAGAUCAGAUCUCUGCGAUGAGCGGUAUUAUGUUGCAUAUUUUUUUAUAAUGUUACGAUGAAAUAUUAACAGCGAAUUACUCGUAUUGUCUACAUUCCUUCUAAAGCAUUAUAAAUACCGACCUGUGUCCAUUUUUUUAGAGUAACGUACCCAAAGACGGGUCCCUAUUUCUAAAACACCGCUGUCCGUCUGUCUGUCUGUCUGUCCGUCUGGCACCAGGCUGUGCCUGAUGAAGUGUGAUUGUUAGACAUUUGAAAUUUUCACGAUGUAUUUAUUUAUGUGGUCGCUAUAAAAAAUACUAGAAAAACAGAAUAAAAUAUAUAUUUAAGGGACAACAGACAUGACUUUUUUGCCGUUUUUAUAUUAAAUGGUACGGAACUCGUGCGCAAGACCGAUUGCACGCCGGUUUUUUGUUUCUUUUUGACACCACUCGACCGAUGAUACCUUAUAUCAUUGGAGAUACAUAUUGAAUUCUAAUAUUAUGAAAUAAUCAACUUUACUAUAAUUUCCACCAUCAGAGAUAAUUUAACUUAGUGGAAAAAAUCUUGUUGGACAAAUAAGUUUGACUACUCAACUUUUACAAUAGGCAUUAUAGUAUAUAUAAUCUCUACUUGUAAGUUUCUUUUAGUUGGUUAUUUACUAACGGCGCCGCCGAAACAACUAGCCUAGCUAAUAUUUCGAAAAAACAAACUAUGAAAUUUAGUGUUGAUUCACAAAAUGGCUGAAAAGUAUGUAAAAGAUUCAAAGGCCUUUAACAAAACGCGAAAAUUGAAAACUUUGCUCGGUAAUUAAGUAUUUAUUUAUUUAUUUUACAUCUUGUUAGUAUGGUAGGGCCACUUACUCUAACCAAGUAGAAUUACAUGAUUUAUGGAUAAUUAUAAGAUAAAUAAAUGAAAGAUGACAUUAAACCUUAUAAAAGAUAUGAUAUUAAUAUAGUGUACUAUAGAGAUACUCUGGGAAUAUUGAAGUUAAGGUCAUAAUAAGUAUAGGUAUAGGUCAUUUAAAGUAUUCGGAUCACAUCAAGUACACCGAUCAUAUAUUAACUAUACCUGCAAAAUAUUCAAAAAAGUACUUAAAUUAUUUAAAAUAGUAAAGUAUUUAACUUAUAUGUAUGUGUGUGUAUUAUAACAGCGCUGACCGACAAUUUAAUGGCUUUACGAAAUAUCAGCGCUUGUUUACAGAAUGGUGUCUUUAGACGGCCGAUUGGCGCAGUGGCUAGUGACCCUGCUU